GGGGCGGCGCCGGGGCGGCCGCCGCCGAGGGGCCGAGGGGGCCGGGCCCGUCCAGCCCCCGCGCCGCCGCCGCCGCCCGCAUUGUCCCGGCGGCAGCGGCAGGAGGCUGCGCCCCGCACGGCCGGGCCCCGCCAGGGCCCCCGCCGGCAUGAGGAGGUCUGUCGAAGAUGCACUGGUCACCAGAGCAUGCCCAGUCCCUGAACCAGUGGCCGGAGCAGCACCUGGACGUCUCCUCCACCACCUCGUCGCCGGCCCACAAGCCCGACCUCUACCCCAGCGGCCGCCAGCGCUUCAACUACGCCUGGGCCAACGACGACAUCUCCGCGCUGACGGCCUCCAACCUGCUCAAGAGGUACGCGGAGAAGUACUCGGGGGUGCUGGAGGCGCCCUACGAGCGCCCGGCGCUCGGCGGCUACGGCGAUGGCGCCUUCGGGGCCCUUAACGGGCAGAAGGGCGACGGGGAGCCCUGGGCCGCGCCGCCGGGCCCCGAGGGCGCCUACCCGCUGACGCCGGCGCACGACGGCCUCCCCGGCGCCAAGGCGGCCGGCGCCCCCGCCGCGGCGCCCGCCGUGCCGGCCGCCCUCGCCGAGCCCGUCUACGCCGGCAACGCGUGCGGCGGCGGCGGCGGCGGGCUGGGCUCGUCGCAGGACUACGCCUCCGGCUACGGCGGCGCCUACCUGCCCUCGGGCUACUGCGGCCAGCCGGCGGCCUUGCCCCCGGCCCACCCGCCGGGGCUGCUGCCGCCCGCCUCCGCCCUGGUGCCGGGCUACGGCGCCGCCGCCGCCGCCGCCGCCGGCCCCGCGUACAGCUACGCCGCCGCCGGCUACCCGCCGCAGCCGGCCUACGGCGGCGUCCACCCGCCCCACCCCGCCGCCUCCUACCUGCCGGCCGCCAUCGCGGCGCCCACCCCGCUGCCCCGGCCCCCCGCCGCGCCCGCCUACGGCUACCAGAGCCCCGGCCUGGCGCCGCCCCCGCCGCCCCCGCCGCCCCCGCCGCCGCCGGCGGACGCCUCGCUGAAGCGCAAGGCCUUCGACAUGGCCGGCGGCCCGGAGGAGGGCGAGGGCCGCUACGGCAAGUACGGCUACGAGCCGCCCAAGCCCGCCCCGGCGUCGCCCUACGGCAACGGCUUCGGCCCCGAGCCCCCGCAGGGGCCCUUCAAGGCCGGGAAGCGGCCGGCGGCGGCGGAGGAGCGGCCGGGGAAGUACGGCGGGCAGCCGCUGAAGGGCCUGGCGGCGGCCUUCGGCGCCGGGGAGCCGCCGGCGCGGGCGGCGGAGCCCUUCGAGAAGUUCAGCCCGCCGGCCGCCAACGGGGAGCGGGCGGGCGAGCAGGGCCGCCCCUUCCCGGCCCGGCGGCCCCCCAAGGCGCCGGCCUUCGCCGAGCCGCCCGACAGCGUCGACCCCCUCGCCCUGGAGCUGGUGGACGGCAAAAUGGUGGACGGCGGCCCCCCCGUGCAGUGGACCGACAUCGCCGGGCAGGUCUCCGUGAAGGCCGCCAUCGAGGAGGAGCUGGUGUGGCCCAUCCUGAGGCCCGGCGCCUACACCGGGGCCGGCCGGCCGCCCCGAACCAUCCUGCUCUUCGGCCCCCGCGGCACGGGGAAGACCCUGCUGAGCAGGUGCAUCUCCACCCAGCUGGGCUCCAGCCUCCUGAAGCUCAGCGGCGCGGCCCUGCUCUCCAAGUGGAAGGCCGACGCCGAGAAGAUCCUGCAGACCGUCUUCUUCGUGGCCAGCUGCCGGCAGCCCGCGGUGGUGCUCAUCACCGAGGCCGAGUCCCUCCUCUCGGCCCGGGCCGGCGAAGACGGCGCCCAGGCCGGUAACCUCAAGUCGCAGCUGCUCUCCUACCUGGACAACGUCGCUACCUCAGCCGAGCACAACGUGGUGGUCAUCGGGACGACCCGCCGGCCCGGCGCCAUGGACGAGGCCGCGCACCGGCGCUUCGCCAAGCGCUUCUACAUCGCGCCGCCCGACAGCGUCGCCCGGCGGCAGAUCCUCCACCGCGCGCUGGCGCAGCAGAACGCCUGCCUCAGCGAGCGGGAGAUGGCCUCGCUCGUGCAGCACACGGAGAGCUUCUCGGGCGGCGAGCUGGUGCGGCUGUGCCAGCAGGCCGGUGCCGCCACGCUGCGCGGCCUCCCCGGGCAGCUCCAGGCCACCUCCUACGAGGACUUCGAGAGCGCCUUCUGCAAGGUCCGCCCCGCCGCCUCGCCCAAGGAGCUGGACUCGCUCGCCGAGUGGGACAAGCUGUACGGGUCCAGACACUGACGGGGCCGCCGCCCCUGGGACGGCGCUUCCCGGGCUCCCGCUCGGCUCCGGCCGCCGGUGGCAUCCUGGCCCGGAGGCGAGACGCGAGAGGGAAGACCCCCCCCCCGCCGGGAAACAACGUACCUCUUUUUAUCGUUCCUGCCUCGGCUUUUCGGUUUUUGCUUUUGGACGUAGUCGCUCACUGAACUCAGGAUAAUCUAUUUAUUAUUUGUCUGCUUCCCGCUCGUCCGGCUCCGACCAGCGGCGCAGGGAGAGGCGCGGAGGCGGCUCGGUGCGGGAGCUCCCGCGGCUGCCCCAUUCCGUCGUUUCCGAUAGAAAUUUCUCAGCCACUUUUUAACCAAACCGGCCCCCGGGACGCGGCACCAGGAGCGGCUUCGUGCCCCGGCGCGGACCCGCUCCUCGGCCGGCAGCACCGUCCUCCCGCGCCGCCGCGGGGGCUUCUCCGGGCGUGGACGGCGCGGGGAGGGGGGGGGACGCAGGACUAAGGGUUUCGGAGUAAAACGAUGUAGAUUGUUUAAUAUACUAGACUUCAUUUUUAUUUUUGUAAGGUAUGUAGUAUUUUUUUGUUUUUUCUUUUUAACUACUCAGGAAAAGAAUUACCUCAGAAAAAGAAAAAAAGAAUGUGUUUUUAAAAACUCUUUUUAUCUUCUCAGAAAAGGAAAAAGAGAUUUUAAGAGUUUUCAGACUUAGGACAAAGCUGUGUCGUGCAUUUGCUUCCAAAAAGGGUGACGGAAAGAAAGAAGAAAGAAAAGAAAGAAAGAAAAAAAAACUUGAAGUUGUUACAAAGAUGAAAGUUGAAUGUAUUUCGGGUGCUUUUCACGUAUAUUAUGCCAUAAUUUUAUUUUAAUUUUUUUUUAACAUUGUUAUUGUAGCGUUUGGUGGAGUAACGUGUCUUCAACGGAAAGCGUGUUAGUGCCGUAGUGUAAAAGCUGUCGCCAGCACCACUUUUUGGCCCGAGCGGCCGGUUUCGGUCCCGGCCGCUUGCUUCCCGCGGCGGCUCCCUCCCGCCCGACUUCUCCCCGGCGCCGGGUUUUCCCCCGGUUAAAAAAAUUGCUUUUUAUGCCUGUUUUAUUCUGAAGGCAAGCUUCCCCGCCGGCCGCCCACGGAGCGGCAUGGGCCGUCUCAGGGUUGCACGGCACGAGCUCGGCACGGGCUCUGCAGGCCCGGGGUGCCCUGAGCCGCAGGGACGCCCCGCUCGGCCUCGCGGCGCCUUCCCCCCCGCGCACACACCAAAGGAGCGAGCUGCGCCCGCCGGCUUGCCGGGACUUUUGCAAUCUUGCAAACUUUUGCAACGCGGGUUGGCAUUUCGGCGCGCGCAGGUCGCUGCGGGCACCGCGAGCCCCGUCGGAGGGAGCCGGCGCGCUGGGAUUGCAUCAAACCUAACUCUGGGAUCCCCCUUCGCCUCGUCCCCUUCCCCCAAAAAGUGGUACUGGGUAACCUGAAGACUUUUUAUUAUUAUAAUUAAUAUCAUAUUUGACUUUGUACACUCUCUGUAACCAUUUCUACCUCAUUUUGCAACAUAUUGUACAUGAAAGUAUUUAAUUCAUGUCUUAUUAAUGUCGGAGAAAGAAAUGCUUUUGAACUGUAAUGGUCUACCUCAAGAAAUACUGUAUUUUAAAAAGAAAAGUAUUACACAGUAUUAAAGAGAUUACCUGAAACACCC